ACUUGAUUCCUGGAUUAUGGCCUCUGCCCCUCAUUGUUCCACACCCCCCCCUUAGGUCAAUAUUGAUGUGUCCUAGACCUAGAGAGGUCCCUGGACUCACCACUGUCCCAGCUCUACUCUCCCUGUCCCGCCUUCCCCGCCGCCCGCCCCACUGGCCAGUCCCCACGCCCACACACCCCAGGCUGCCUCAUCUGGCACUGAUUAUCCUGCUGCUGCUGCUUGCCGCUGCUGAACUCAGCUGCUGCCUCUGUAUAGAGGACCCCAGCGCCUGCCCCCCGGCCAUGCUGCCUGCUGCCACAGCCUCCCUCCUGGGGCCCCUCCUCACUGCCUGGGCCCUGCUUCCUUUCGCCCAGGGCCAGACCCCCAACUACACCAGACCCGUGUUCCUGUGUGGAGGGGAUGUGACUGGGGAGUCAGGUUACGUGGCAAGUGAGGGUUUUCCCAACCUCUACCCCCCCAACAAGGAGUGCAUCUGGACAGUGACGGUCCCUGAGGGCCAGACUGUGUCCCUCUCCUUUCGAGUCUUCGACCUGGAGCUGCACCCCGCCUGCCGUUACGAUGCUCUGGAGGUCUUUGCUGGGUCUGGAACUUCCGGCCAGCGGCUCGGACGCUUCUGCGGGACCUUCCGGCCGGCACCCAUAGUUGCCCCCGGCAACCAAGUGACUCUGAGGAUGACGGCGGACGAGGGAACGGGAGGACGAGGCUUCCUGCUCUGGUACAGCGGGCGGGCCACCUCGGGCACUGAGCACCAAUUUUGCGGGGGGCGGCUGGAGAAGGCCCAGGGAACCCUGACCACUCCCAACUGGCCCGAGUCUGAUUACCCCCCGGGCAUCAGCUGUUCCUGGCACAUCAUCGCGCCCCCAGACCAGGUCAUCGCGCUGACCUUCGAGAAGUUUGACCUGGAGCCCGACACCUACUGCCGCUACGACUCUGUCAGCGUGUUCAAUGGAGCCGUGAGCGACGAUGCCAAGAGGCUGGGGAAGUUCUGUGGCGACACGAUCCCAGGCCGCAUCUCCUCGGAAGGGAACGAACUCCUUGUACAGUUUGUCUCAGAUCUCAGCGUUACCGCCGACGGCUUCUCAGCCUCCUACAGGAUCGUGCCGCGGGGCGCUGUCGAGGAAGGGCCAGCCCGGAGCCCGGGAGAGGACGCCCCACUUCUUGGCCCUGGCACUAAACCGGAAACUGGGCCCAAAGUCAAGGCACCCACCAAGCCGCGACUUCCACCUGCAGAGAAACCAGAGGCAACUCCGGUGGGCCCUGAUACACCCAGUGUCUCCUGCCCAAAGCAGUGCCGGCGGACAGGCACCUUGCAGAGCAACUUCUGUGCCAGCAACUUGGUGGUGACUGCAACAGUGAAGUCCAUGGUUCGGGGCCCAGGGGAAGGUCUCACCGUCACUGUGAGUCUUAUUGGUGCUUACAAAACCGGAGGACUGGACCUGCCCUCUCCACCCACUGACACCUCCCUGAAGUUUUACGUGCCUUGCAAGCAGUGCCCCUCCAUGAAGAAAGGAGCCAGUUAUCUGCUGAUGGGCCACGUGGAAGAGAACAGAGGUCCCGUACUUCCUCCAGAGAGCUUCGUGGUUCUCUACCGGCCCAACCAGGACCAGAUCCUCACCAACCUAAGCAAGAGGAAGUGCCCCUCCCAACCUGUGCGGGCUGCUGAGUCCCAGGCCUGAGACCCAGGCCAGCUCCAGCCCUAGCCCCAGCCCUUGGGUCCCCUUUCUUAUCCAAAUAAAUGUUUCUUAACUGAGGAAA